AUGGUCUCUUCCACGCUGACUCUGGCAUCCUUGGCCAGCAUUCUCCCAUCCGCCCUCGCGGGAUUCAACAGUGGUGCUCAGAGCAAUGUUGCUGUAUAUUGGGGUCAAAACUCUUACGGCCAAGCAAGCUCCCAGCAACGCUUAGCUGAGUACUGCACAAAUGAUCAGAUCAAUAUCAUUCCGAUAUCUUUCAUGAAUGGCAUUAAGACUCCGAUCACGAACUUUGCCAACGCUGGAGAUAACUGCACGGCAUAUGCAGGUACCCAACUCUUAAAUUGCCCGCAGCUGGAAGAGGAUAUCAAGACAUGCCAGUCUCAGGGAAAGACUAUCCUCCUGUCCAUCGGGGGAGCGACAUACACUGAAGGUGGUUUCUCAGACUCUUCGUCAGCUGAGAGCGCGGCUCAGUCUGUAUGGGAUCUGUUCGGUUCAGACACGAGCAAGCCUAACAGACCAUUCCUCUCUGCCGUCGUCGAUGGUUUCGAUUUUGACUUCGAAUCUACGACUCAGAACUUCGUACCAUUCGCUUCCAAGCUGCGUUCGCUCAUGGAUGCCGAUAGUAGCAAGACCUACUACCUCUCCGCGGCGCCUCAAUGCCCAUACCCAGACGCCGCGAUGAACGACAUGCUGAAUGGAGCGAUUCCGUUCGAUUUCAUCAUGAUCCAGUUCUACAACAACUACUGCGGUGUUUCAUCCUUUACACCGGGAUCAACGACCCAGAACAACUUCAACUUCCAAACUUGGGAUGACUGGGCUAAGAACACCAGCAAGAACAAGGACGUUAAAGUCUUCAUCGGUGUACCAGCUAACACGGGAGCCGGUGGUGGUUACCAACCCGCCUCCGCAUUGGCCCCAAUCAUCCAGUACUCGAAGCAAUUCUCAAGCUUCGGCGGUGUGAUGAUGUGGGAUAUGUCACAACUGUACCAGAACUCGGGAUUCCUCGACUCUGUCUAUGGUUCGCUCACCGGAUCUGGGGCCGCUAAGGCGAAAGCUCCUACAACCUUGGUAACUAAGUCUAAGGCUGCACCGACCCCUGUCGCUUAA